UUGAACGUCCUCUUUUCACAUUAAGCCAAAUGGUUGCCGUCAAAGCCCACGAGCUUCGCAACAAGAACAAGGCCGAGCUUACCAAGCAGCUUGAUGACCUCAAGCAAGAGCUUGCUUCCCUCCGUGUUCAAAAGAUCACCGGUGGAGCUCGUCUCCAAAAGAUUGGUGCCACCCGCAAGGCUGUCGCUCGCGUCUUGACUGUCAUCAACCAGACUCAGCGUGAACAACUCCGUCUCUUCUACAAGUCCAAGAAGUACACUCCUUUGGACCUUCGCACCAAGAAGACUCGCGCCAUCCGCCGCCGUUUGACCAAGGUCGAAGCCAGCAAGAAGACUGUUAAGGAACAGAAGAAGCUUGCUCACUUCCCUCAGCGCAAGUUUGCUGUCAAGGCCUAAACUUGUUAAUUUGAGUUCGACGUGAUACAAAAUAAAAUCAGCACUUUAGCAUCAAUUGUAUACGAGGCAGCUCCUUGUCUUGGGGAAUGAUAGGGUUUAGGAUAGACU